GGAGAUCAUAAACAUUGAUAAUGGGCAUCUGAGAAGAAAGAGGGAGACUUCACCUAGGGGUACUGUUAUUGUUCGAACGUGAAUUCUUUGCACCAUGGAUUUAUCAUUGCUGCUCUCUGUUGCGUUAGUUUUUGCUUUUGCAGAGGCGAAGGCAAUUCCGCAGGAUACUCCGCAUGUCAUUCCAAAAACAGUUCCUAAAGUUGAACCAAAGGUUAUUGAAAGAAGUUUCGGGCAUCUUGUAAAUGGGCUCAAAGGCAUAGAACUUUGGCGACGGGAGAUUCUAGCCAACGCUCUGGAAAACCCUAAAUACAAGGAAAACGCCCCUCUGAUUGCAAGCUUUCAACUUCUGAGCCAAAUUGAUUCUUACCUAAUUAAAGCACGAAAAUAUUAUCAAUCUAUCAAUAGACUCAUUCACUCUGACGAAAACUCAUUGGAUGCAAAACAGACUGUCGCGACUAUUAGCAAACUGAGAGAAAAAUUGAUCCACAUUAAAGACACCGUUCAAGAGCGUGGAAAAGCCUUUAAACCUGCUACCAAUGUACCUCAAGAAAGUGAACUGCACUUGCUGAAAGCUGCGUUUGACGCCACAGCAGCAGAAUGUUUAGCGAUCGAGAAGGACCUUCGAGACAUGACUGAAAAUUCUCCGUACAAAAAGUACCUCAAGGACAUUAAACCAUUAUAAUGUUUUGUAACUUCGAAAGAAUCAUUUGUUUUGUUACAUUUUCUAUAAAUAAUUGAAUAAAUUAAUGUGAUAACGUAAGCACCUUCAAAUAAUGACCAUGAAAAAUUUCAAUAGU